AUGAGCAACUAUCAAAAUUUGAAAUGCUCAGAACUAAAGGAUUUGUUAGCUAAAAAAGGGCUACCGUCUCAUGGAAAAAAAAACGAAUUGUUAGAGAGACUAUUAAAACAUGAGCAAGAAACGGGAACCGGAUCUAAUUCGCAAGGGAUAGGUGAUAAUGGUGAUUCGAAGGACGGUGGAAAAAAUAAAAAAAAAAUUUCAGUGAAUACAAAAGAAGAAUAUAGCAAAGGUGGAUUAAGUAAAAUGACAAGCUAUUUUAAAAAUAUAUUAGGUUCUAAUACAUCUACUGAUAACUCAAAAUAUUAUGAUAAUGACAAUUCGAAAAAUAAUGAAAAUAAGAGUAACACUGAUGAAGAACAAAAAAAAGUUGUAAUAACCCAAAUAACUUUUUCAGAAUCAAAUUUAUCACCUCAAAAUACAUUACAAAAAAAUAUAAUUUCUCGAACAGAAGAUAAUCUUUAUUUAACUGAGGAAAAAAAACGAGAGAUGAGAAGAAAACGAUUUGGAACUGACUGUGUUUCCACACCAGCAGCUCUUGAAUCCAGAGCGAAAAGAUUUUGCAUUGUUACCAAACAAAUGGAAGAAGAAAAUAAGAAAAGAAGAGCAGAAAGAUUUGGAAUGAAUGUGGGCAAUUUGAACAAUAUUGAAAUGAAAAAAAAACGAGCCGAGAGAUUUGGUUCCAUAAAUGAUCAUGAAAAAUUAAAAGCCCGUGCCCUUAGAUUUGGCAUAACACAAUAA